GGAAAGAAAGGGAUCUUCUUUCCCCGCCGCCUCUCUCUCUGUCUCGCAACCCCUCUUUGGCUUUUUACCGUUGCAGCGUCGGAUCUCAUCUCAUCUCGACGGAGCUGCCUACAACGUCAUGGUGAAGAAUCAGGCGGUGGAAGAGGAUGACGUGGAAGCAUUUUUAGCGAGUUUGGAUCCUAAAUCUAAACGCUGCCCUCCUGAGGUGGUGGCGAAGUUGAUUCAGUCGAGAGCAAUUGGUUGCAUCACCGCACUUUUGGAGCGGAAAAUCUCUCACAAUCGGUUGGAUAUCUGCGGACCGGUGGGGAACUGCCAACUGCCCCUGCAUUAUGCUGCUAAGUUCGGGUUUCACGAGGCGAUCGAGCUGUUGAUUCGCCAUUGGGUUCGUCCCUACCAUGUUUUUUCGAGCUUCGAACCCAAAGAACUUGAAACGAGUGCCAUCGACUACGCGCUCGAGACCAGUUGCAAUGAAUGGAACAAGAAGAUGGAGGAAAGCCAAAGCAGCGGCGGCGGCGACCUCCUCCUCUCCGAUUUGAUCCUCUGGCUGCCGGAAUGGAUCUCCGACGCCGACAAUUUCAACUGGUGGCGCACGGUAAAGCUGCUCGGACGCGCCAAGGAUAAAGACCUGGAGAUGAAAAUCUUCCGGUAUGCAAGGAAUGGCCUGGCGGCGAAGCUGCUCUGGCUUCUCCUUGCUGUCCCUGACCGAGUUCUCUCCCCAACAUUCUUGCAUUGCCUAACUCGACGCUUCAAGUUUCAGCAUUCACGUUUGGAAGACUACUCCCUCCGCGAUUUCCUUACCUCUCAACUUGCUUUCGUGGUCGCCGACAUCCGGUGGUGCAGCGAUGGCGAUGAUCCCCAAUUGAUAAAGUCUUUGCAGGAAAAGCGGUCAAUCCUCACCUCUUCCCUGCUAUUACUUGAAGUCUUUCAGAAAGCUGGCACCCAAUUGUCUAACUUAAUCCCAAUUUUGCUAGAAAAAGAGAAACAGCAUCUUUCCAGUUCCCCAAUUGCUCAACAGGUCCAGACUAUCUUAGAAGGAGCUGGGAUCCCUUUAACUUCUCUGAACUGCCCUAUCAUAUCCACCCAAGAUUCCGAGAUUAACUAUCCAUACCCUAGCGGACCGGUCAACCGUAAUAUGAUGCACUGUCACCGGCCAAGAUCAGGGUAUUUGGCCUUUUUAAUUCGACCCACCAGUGUGUGCAGAAGUGAAAUUCUUGAUUCGGAAUUCAACAGGGCUAUAGAGAAUUUAUGCUAUCAUCCUUGUCUGAAGGAUUGGAACCCCCAAGAGUCAACUUUCAAGUUGCUUUUCAUAUUUUGUCUUCCUGACUUGGUAGAAAAGAUGCAAUGCAUGUUGCAGUUGGAGCUCGGGUAUGGUAAGCCUGCGAAAGUCAUCCACCCCACCUAUCUUGCAAAACUAUGUUUUAUCUACAUCACGGAGGGGCGAAUUGUUGAGUUCACUGCAGCUCUAAUGGCCGUACGAGUCCUUCUUCAGUUUGACCAUCCACUUGGUCCUCAAAUUUCUUACCAUACUGGGGACUAUAUGGAGUAUACCCCAAACUUGUAUGACUUUUUACUGCAUGCUUCGAGGAGAGUUCUCGAUGAAGAAAUCAGCUUGACAGGAAAGAGUGAGGACAAUGUUACUGUUCAGAUUCUCAAGGAGAAAAAAUCGGUUCUGUCUUCUGCAUUUCUAUUAGCACGGAUAUUUGAAAACUCUUCGGAACGUAUUCAUCGGUAUCUUCACUCUCCAAGAUAUAAGGUAGUUCAGGAAUGUAGGGAUUUGAAGAUGAUUAUAGGUGAUGUUGCAUCCUUGCUUGAAGACUCAGGUUUUGUGUUAACAUCCCAGGACAGAUGUGUCAAUCACUUGGAAUGUUUCUCAAGCAAAGCACGUGUCAACAAAAGCGAUAUAGAAGAAAAUUCAUUGUCAUUUGUGCCACAGUUGAAGACAACUCCAUGUGUUAAGGGGCAGCAAGCAACCAGAGUGUCCAAGACAAUCAUGUCAGCACGAAACAUCGGAUCAUCUUUGGUUAUUGGUUCAUCCAUUAGCAAGCUUCCAUCGCGAUCAUAUCACUCAUUCCCAAUGAUGGUAAGGUAUGAAGGGUCUAAGGUCGCCAAAUCGCCGGCCCAAAAUGGAAUCAACUUGGUUACAAAAAGAGUGGAGGUAGCACAAUGGUCCGCUUUUAAAUUGAAAAGGAGUUUGAAGUUCCUGACAAUGACUAAGGUGUUGCGUUUGUGAUGAUGCUACACAUUCUUUCUAGGCUUUUGCUUGCUAUGUUGUUUGUAUAUUUACACUUCACUUUUAUCAUUAAUUCAUAAGAGACUCCAGAGGAAGUGUUUCAAAAUAAUGGUUUGUGAAAAAAGGAACUUCUAACUCGAGGAAGUAGGCCGCCAUCCCAACAUUCUUGGCUCAGGCCGGCUAUUUGAUCCCGGCACGAAUGCUCUUUCAUUUCAGUUUGCCAAUCUUUUCUAUCAUCGGAUCUAGCCGGAGGUGGGUAAUUACAUGUUUCCAUAUUCAUGACGAUCCCCUAACCUAUCUCGAUGGAGCAGAGCGAGAAUGAUGGCAUCUUCGCUCCGCCACCGAGUAGUACAGAUUGCCAUUGAACCCUCCCAUCACUGCGGCAAUUAUUGCCGCGAGUAGCAUCAUCUACCUCGAGCCCACUUUCCUCCGCCGCCUCCUCCCUUCUACCGGCGAAGUCCUGGUUCAAUUCCUAUCUCAUUCUCAAGGUAACCGCUCCUCUGUUUUCCCAUAAAUUUCAGUCCCCUACCAUUUUGAUUAAUUGCCAAAAGAGCGCGAGACUGAUUUCAUAUAAAUUCAUACAUUAAUUAGUUAUGAGAUUGUUGCAGUGAAGGAAAUAACCUGAUUGCUUCCAGUUGAGUCCAAAACCUGAAAAUUUGGGGUUCAUUUUGCCCUGAAAAUUUGGUGAGACGCUUCUUCCUAUCUCCAUUCUACCACAUGGAUGAUAUUCAGAAUGCUUGUUCUCCUUAUCACUGCCCAGAACCUGCAGUCCUCCCAUGACAUAGCAUCGAACCUUCCUGUCGCUUCCACCCUUUUCGCAACAGAACUUACUGCAUUCCCAGCGGUAACGACAAGGCCUUAUACCGUUGGUGCCUCGAAGUUGGGAAUGAGUGAUGAGAGCAAGCUGAAAGUCCACUGUCUAGCUUUGAACUGAUCAAACUGCACAAUCUGCACACGGAGAGCGAAAUGAUCACAUUCUGAUGCUGAGAAAUAAAUAUGGAUGGAUCCCUCGCCGACUAUGAUUCGGUUGAUGUUCAUGUGUGGCUUGUCUUCCCUAUUUCUCAGCUACAUUUUCUAUUCCCCUCCGUUUUCAUUUAUAGGCUUGUCAUUGUUCUCUUUGUAAAGAUGCAGCAUGGCAGCUGAUGGUGGAAACAUUAUUUCACAAAGAAGAAAGAACGUUUAUUUUAAGCUGAAGUUCCAAUGCUAUCUUCACUUGCCAAAGUAAAAAACAAGAAAAGAGGGCAGUCGUACCUGGCAAACGUUACUUUUACUUGCUGCUGGGUCUUGGUCUGGGUCUGGGUAUCGACUGGAUUUCUUCAUCAAAUUAGUAUUGUCGAGAUAAGGUUCAACACCUCCACACAUACACUCAUCAGCAUUAAAAUCUAUGUAAGUACACACACAAACCAAAUAAUAAUGUAUAUAAAUAUGUAUAUCUACACAGGUAACCAGUUGAGCUAAAUAAAUGUAGUAAAUAAACAACUACUCUCCCUGCAACAUACCUGGCUAAGAAUAUAAAACAAAAUUUCGAUGGAAGUCAGUACAAUUGCAGUAUGUCAUGUGUCUCCUCCAUCCAGGACCACCCUUGUAAUCAUACUCUAAUGUAACCUACAUCUACUUCACCAUCCCUUAACAGUUUUUCUUCUUCACUGUCUAGGCCAUCCCACACUGACAUCUCCAACUGACCCACCUAAUCCUAAGAACUCAUAAUAAUAAACCAAAUCCGCGCAAAACGCUCUGCCAAGCCAAUACCAUGUACAUGUUUUACUUAUCAAUCCCUUUACUUCUUCCCCUCUGGAUCUUCUCCACAUACACUAACAUCCAAGUCCAAGAUCUGCUUCCACAUAAGGAUGCAAUCACCUGCUAAAUAAGCAGGCUCCCAAAGA